CUACUAUGAACUUUCAGUUCCCUAAAAAAUUGCUUGUGUUUUGAAAAUUCCAUCGUUUUUUUUUCAAAGAAACGUUACGUAAACCUAAAAUUCAACCUAGUUUUGGAAGGAACUAAUUCCAAGAACCAUUUAAAUACCGAAAUUUCCAAAUUGUGUGUAAAUAUCCAGUCGCCAAUAAUGAAAUUAUCCGAAUUUAAAACAUUACCCGUUGUGCCCUACACCAGCGUGGACAUCUGUGGCCUGCCCUUCUCGAUACAGGCUAUCAUACAGGCUUUUGCGACCAAAGAAGCAUUAAGCCUGCCACGAAGUCUCACACAAGAAUACAUGAACUGCUCAGGCUUGGGCUACAAACUGCUUAGUAACGAUUGGCGUGAUUAUGUUGAAGAAUUUCCUUGGUUGAUUGGGAUACUCAUUUAUACAGCGCUACUGCCAAUUUUGUGUCUCAUCUGGUGCAUCUUUCAAUUUCGGCCAAAGAGAAAACGACGCUUUGAAAGACCACCCGUGCCUUCUUGGCGCUAUAUACUGUCGACUUUGCUAUUUUUACUGAAAAUACUUUACAGCUUCUUUAUAUGGUUCACUUAUACCUCGUAUCAAAACCAUCCGACAAGAAGCUAUCGCGAACCAGACAGUAAUGUUAAUAUGGUGAAAAUGCUCUACGAUCAGACUUUAGAUGUCAUCGAUCAUAUAUCCACGGAAAACAUCGAAGUCGUGCAAGAGUUCAUGAAGAAGUUGGCUGACGAAAUGAUAACCAGUCUCAACUCAUCAGCGCCGGAAAUAGUAAAGAACCCCGCUGGUAGUAUGCUUAUGGACAUCUACUCAGACAGUGUAGCCAUGCAGCCAAUCUUAAAGGAAAUGCGGAAGGAUAUGCAGAGCCUACUUGCAGAUAUUAUGCAGCUAACAGACCUCACGAAAUUUCUCCAUCGGAAUACUACGACAUUGUUGCUUAUGAACAAUAUCUCGGACCCAACUUAUGUGAAUCUUGUUGCCAAUGAGCUCAGCGGGAAUGAGCACAAAAUUGUUACGUUACUCAAUAUCGAGCGUGUAUUAUCCAACAUAGAAGACAUUGUUGAAAUGUCAAUGGAGUUGCCAAGUAUGUCGCAAGCUUUCUCGAAAAGCUUAAAGGACCAACACAGUUAUUACAGAUCGGUUUUCACGAAUAAGUGGGCGGAAAAAGUAAAUGAAAUGAAUGCCAAUUAUUUGGAAAUUAUCAAGGCAGUGAAGAAACUUCGUUCGGAAGUACCACGAGAUGUUAUGAUACAUUUACCGAAUGAUAUAUAUUCAUAUCAAUUGUUUUUUCUAAUCAUCGCUAUAAUGAUAUCUGUGCUGUGUUGGAUGCAACUCUGUUAUGCUAUGUAUCAUGCGGUCUUUAUGCGCUUCAAAAAGAGAAAAUAUAUUCUAGUGAGUAUCGUUAUUUUCAUCUGCAUUACGUCCAUAAUACUCUGUCUAAUAGCAAGUCUGAGCUUCUUUCUGGGCGCAUCGUUUUUCAAUUUCAGGCAAGAUACCACCACACUCGACAACCCUUGCGGUUUGAGCUCCAAAUCUUAUUGCGACUCUCAAAAUAAAAUACUCACUCUGCUCGCUGAGAGCGCUUUUGGCCCAGAUGCAGAGACAUACAAAGCUAUGCAACUUCAAAACCAGCGUACUUUCGAGGCACUACGUGCGGCCUUACCUAGCGUCGCGGGCAUUUCGAAUAUACUGCAAAUGCUGCAGUAUGCAGAUUUCAGCGGAACUGUCUUCAAUUCGGGCGACAUGUUUAAUGUUGUAAAACAAGAGAUGAAUAUGGAGAAUUGGUAUGCGGCCUGUGAGCAGCUGAGCACGCACGUACCCACUGUUGUUGAGGCAACACCGGACAAUGAAACUGCGUAUUACGAGCGGAUGCUGGCCUGCAACUUGCAUCUAAUGAAAACGCAGGUCUUUGAAACGUUGAUUGCGAAGCAUAUAGUUGAAAAUGUGAAUGGACUAGCGAAACAUGCGGAACGCCUUGCCGCCAAAAUGCCGGCGGUAAAUUUGAGCACUCUCCUACGUAAGAGUCUCAGCGAGAUGCGUAUUUUACAUGAUUACUUCGAGUUGGAGUUUAAGGAAUUGCUCGAUAUUGAAAUGAGGCAACUGCUAAUGGAUUUUGAUUUGGAAAUGAUGUUAUAUACGAGUCAUGUCGCCUUUAUGCCAACUUGUAGUGACUUCAAACUAUCAAGUGUUGGUAUACCGCGACAGCUGUACGAAUGCAUCGAGAGUUGUUUGCACGGUUUCUGGAUUGGCGCUUUCAGCAUACUCAUACUACUCUUACCGAUACUGAUCAUCUGUAUGCUGCUCGAAUACCUCUACGACAGAUAUCCUUAUUCGACGCAAAGCGGUGCUAGUAGUAGAUCGUCACCACCCGAUGACACUGCAACGCCUACCAGCAGCACAACGGCCGUCAGUGAGGCUGCGCCAGACAAUGAACCCGUAAACGAAACAGUAGACGAACCGAGUCAGCCUAAAAGUAAUUGGCGAGAUAAAUUUGGCGCGCGGCUCAGAAACGCACAUGUUACCUUUAAGACACCAUCAACGUCUAGCGAUGCGAAUAAGGGGUCAGGUGCUCAGCGUUCCAGCACGGCGAAGAUCAGAGAUUUAAUUUAUUCGAUUUUGAGUUCGGCGCCGACGGUGGCACCAACAGUAGAGCCCAAAGUAAGCGGUGGUACGGCUACAACAUCCGAGGAGUCCAGCGAGACUGAGCUUGCUUAACUAAAAAAUUGGAUUUUUUCUUGUUUUAAACCUGAAUGUGCACUUAUUCUUAUAUGGUAUAUAUUCUAAAAUAAAUUUGAAAUUGCUUAUGUGUUUCAAGUAUACCAACAAUC